GGCUUUCUCGCCAAAAUCGUUGUCCUGUGGAGUUCUCUGACCAUGAAUCCACGAAUAUGUACUCGACCAUUCACCAAAUGUAUACGACCUUCAAUUAUUGGUCGGAUAUCGUCUCGAAGUCUUGCCUCUUUUACACCUGCUGCACGUUCGCCUAGGUCAGAGGCAGGCUCAGCUGCCCAACCUCCCCGACGCCAACAAACAGCAAGUAAUUGGAUGAGGCUGCUUGAGGUGCCAACUACGGCCUUACACAGUGAUAUUCGCCAAGCCCUUUCAAGAUCGGGAGUAACAGGGAGGUUUGACGUAUAUCUCGAAUAUUAUCGGUUCCUCAGACGCGAUAGUGCAUACAUCAAGUUCGAAAACAAAAUCGAUGCGAAAACCGCAAAUGAGAAGAUCGGAGGUCGAGGGAAAUUUCAAAUAUCUGGUCAUGACGUGGUUGCCAUUGCCGCAAAUCAGCCGAGCAAUGUCCCUGGCAUAGACCGCUCUCUCAGUCUCGAUUUUGGACCGCGAGGAACCUUCACAACGGGCUCUGGUCCCGAUGCCGGGCUAUUUUCAAGAGGCACCUCAGUUUGUUUAUAUGGUCUUCCUGGAAGGAUACAGGCGGAAGAUGUGGAAGCGGCGUUGAGAGGCUUUGCGUUGAGGAAGCCCACUCGCAGGGAACAGGUUGUCGACGACGAUCCUCAGGCUGCCGAAGAACAUCUGCCAUCGGUGAACAAACUGGCACACAAUGGCCGUUCGCUCACAUCACGACACCUUGUCCAGUUAGAAAACAUCUCCGAAGCCCAUCGCCUUGUUCGCCAAUUGCAUAUGACUUAUUGGGACGAGCACACCUGGGGAACAAAGUACAUAUGUCGAGCACGAGUAGUGUACUAGGUAAUUAAUAUACUUGCCACUAUUCA